AUGGCUGAACAAAUCCCAUUUAGCAUUGCAGAAAACUUACUAACAAAGUUGGCCUCAAUUGCUUCUGAAGAAGUUAGUUUGGUGCAUGGCUUCAAAAAGGAUAUUAGAAAGCUUCAAACUACUCUCUCCACCAUCAAAGCAAUACUUGUGGAUGCUGAGGAGAAGCAAGAGGAGAGCCUUGCAGUGAAGAACUGGGUAAGGAGGCUUAGAGAGGUUGUCUAUGAUGCAGAUGACUUGUUUGAUGAUGUAGCAACUGAAGGUUUGAGAAGGAAGGUUGAAGGUGAGGGAAGAAUGGUUAAGGUAUGCGACUUCUUUUCUUCCUCAAAUCAAAUUGCAUUUCGUUUCAAGAUGGGUCAUAGUAUUAAAGAUAUUAGAGAGAGGCUGGAUGAAAUCGCCAAAGAAAUGUCUGACUUUGGCUUUAUAAUUAGGAAGGAAGCUGGAGUAUGUAUGGGAAUAAAGAAUAGUUGGAGGGAGACAGACUCCUUUGUAUUGAAAUCAGAAAUUAUAGGAAGAGAUGAAGAUAAGGAGAAGGUCAUAGAAUCAUUGAUGUGUCCAGUCAAUCAAAGCAAUAUUUCUGUAGUUGCAAUUGUAGGGUUUGGUGGCUUAGGAAAGACUGCACUUGCCCAAUUAGUGUUUAAUGAUGAAAAAGUGGUGAAUUAUUUUGAUUUGAAGUUAUGGGUAUGUGUUUCUGAGGAGUCAAAUGUUGAAACACUAGUUAAGCUCAUCCUUAAAAGUGCAGGCAAUAAUGAAGUUGACAACUUGUCUUUGGAACAGUUACAGAUUCGCCUUAGACAAUGUUUAGAAGGCAAAAAGUACUGGUUGGUGUUGGAUGAUGUGUGGAAUGUGAACAAUAGGAUUUGGAGUCAAUUGAGGAAAUAUUUAAUGGUUGGUGCCAUAGGGAGUCGAAUUUUAGUAACUACUCGUAGUAAGAGGGUUGCUUUAGCUAUGGGUGUAGACUCUCCAUACCCUUUACAGGGUCUAACUGAAGAUCAAUCAUGGGAUCUAUUUGAGAAGGUAGCAUUUAGAGAGGGAACAAGCAGAGUGAAUUCAAAUCUAAUAGAAAUUGGGAAAGAAAUUGCAAAGAAAUGCAAAGGAGUUCCACUUGCAAUUAGAGCUAUAGGAGGCAUAAUGCAACUAAGAAGUAGUGAAAGUGAAUGGUUGUCUGUCCUAGAAAAUGAGUUGUGGAAGGUCUUCGAGAGUGAUGGUGAUAUUAGUCGAGUGUUGAAAUUGAGUUAUGAUGUCUUACCAUACCAUUUAAAGCAGUGUUUUGCAUACUGCGCAAUGUUUCCAAAAGAUUAUGAGUUUGAUAAGGAUAGAUUAAUUCAGUUGUGGAUGGCACAAGGAUAUGUUCAGUCUCGGGGUCAAAGUGAAAAUGAAAAUUUAGAGGAGAUUGGGGAAGGAUACUUCAAUGAAUUGUUAUUUAGGUCAUUUUUCCAAAAGGAUGAGUAUUGUUAUAAAAUGCAUGACCUUAUCCAUGACCUUGCACAGUCAAUAGCAGGGGAUAGUUGUUUUGCAAUUGAUGAUAAUACUAAACAUAUUCCUGAUAGAGUCCAACAUGUGUUUUCUGAAAAUUUGUCUUCAAAGGAAUGCUUCAGGCAGCUAAAAAAUAAAGGAUUGAGGACACUGUAUUGUCCAUAUAUUGGUGAUGGAUUAAGGUUGAAUUUAGAUAGUAUCUUUUCAAAUUGUAGGAGCAUACAUGCUUUGAGAUUUAGAUGGAAUAUCAAUGGAUUGCCAGAUUCAAUUGGAAAGUUGAAACACCUGAGGUAUCUUGAAUUUUUUCAUUCUCAAAUCAGUUCACUUCCAAACUGCAUUUGCAGCUUGUAUAAUUUGCAAACUCUAAUACUCUGGGAAUGUCAGAGUCUUAAAGAAUUACCUACAGACAUGAGGAAAUUGAUUUGUCUCACACAACUUAUUAAUAAAGAUUGUUAUAAGCUUGAAUUCAUGCCAUUGGGGUUGGGGAGAUUAACAAAUCUGCAGACGUUGUUAACUUUUGUUGUGGGAAGUGAUCAAGGAAGGAGAUGUUCCUCAUUGAAUGAGUUGAAUAGCUUAAACCGGCUACGAGAUGAAAUCUGCAUUAAAGGACUAGAAAAUGUGAAAAAUGCAGCUUUGGAGUCCAGCCGAGUAAAUCUCAAGGAAAAGAAACACCUUCAGUGCUUAAGAUUAAGCUGGGCUGGCAAGGGAGAUAGCAAUAGUGGAAAUAGUGAGUUGUUGUUGGAUAACCUACACCCUCACCCGAACUUGAAAGAAUUGGAUGUUUUUGGCUAUAAAGGUGUGAGAUUUUCAAAUUGGCCUACUUCUAUCACAAGUCUCGUCAAUAUUACUUUAUAUGAAUGUCCGAAAUGUGAGCAUUUGCCGCCAUUGCACAAUCUGCCUUAUCUGGAAAUUCUCAAUCUUGGCUAUUUCGAUUCUCUGGAGUAUAUAUCAGAUGAAGAUAAUUUAUUCUCUUCUUUAUCUGCAUCAGCAGCAACAUUCUUUCCAUCUCUAAAGAUUCUUAAACUCGAUGUUUGCCCUAAUGUGAAAGGGUGGUGGAGAACAUGUAUGGAAGCAAAGAUGGUGCCUCAAUUUCCUUGUCUUUCUAAAUUAACCAUCGCGAAUUGCCCUAACCUGACUGUGAUGCCAACGUUUCCAUCACUAGACAUGGAGCUUCAUCUUACCUAUGCCCACAUAAGACCAUUGCAUUAUACAUUGCAGAUGUCUGCAACGGCUUCUGCAGUACCAUCAACCUCUUCUUCAGUUACUUCUCCUUUUUCCAAAUUAAAGACUUUGUGGUUACACGGUAUUGAGAAUCUAGCAUCUCUACCUGGAGAGUGGAUGCAGAACCUCAGCUUCCUUGAGGAACUAACUCUUAGCUACUGCAUGGAAAUUAGUGAUGAGGAUGAGUGUGGCAUAUUCAAAUGGAGAUAUCUUGUUAGUCUCCGAACUCUCUCUCUCUAUAAUCUUUCAAAUCUGGUGUCUCUACCAAGGGAGCUUCAAUAUGUUACCACCUUGCAACGUCUUACUAUCCGCGGAUGUUCUAAUUUGAGGGCUUUGCCUGAAUGGAUAGGCAACCUCACAGCACUCCAAAAUCUAUGUAUCAAUGGCUGCCCUAAACUGGAAUCGCUACCAAGAGGACUGCGUCAAAUCACCACUUUACAACAGUUGAGUGUUAUCGAUUGCCCCCAUUUGUCUGAAAGAUGCGCACAUGAUAUGGCUGCAGAUUGGCCCAACAUUUCUCACAUCCCAAAUAUCGGCAUAAAUGGAAAGAAUAUUCAGGGCCGUGAAUUUUCUGAAUUUAAUUGCAAUAUGUUCCAUUUGUUAAUCCUUGCAGGCUACACAUCAUGCAAGUCAUUUGAAGCAAAGAAUUUACCGUCUAUAAAUUGGACCAUGGCUGCCUUCCUCUUCCCCACAGGCAACAGCAGCAUAAGUAUCACAGUCCUUCAAAGUUCAAAACUCAACGUUCUGGUGUUCUCUUUGUUUUUUCUUUUCGUCUCUUUCACUCUCUUGAUAACAGAAAUGGCAGAAGCUGUACUGUUUAACAUUGCAGGAGAUAUAAUUAAAAAGUUGGGAUCUCGUACUAUUCUUGAGAUUGGGAAGUGGUGGAAUCUUGAAGAUGAGCUUGAGAAACUCAAGGACACAGUCUCUACCAUCCAAGCUGUGCUUCUUGAUGCUGAAAAGCAAUGCUCGGAGAAUCAACAAGUUAAAGUUUGGCUUCAAAGGUUGAAACAAGCAAUUUACGAUGCAGAUGACUUGUUGGAUGAUUUCUCCGCCGAAGCAUUGUGGCAACAAUCGAUGAGUGAAGAUAAGAAGUCUGCAAAUCAGGUACGCUUUUCCUUUCCAAGUUUGAAUAGGCUUUCUUAUGGUUAUAAAAUGGCUCGUAAGAUUAAGAACAUUAGAGAAAAGCUAGAUUAUAUUAAAGGGGAUAGAGGUUUUCACUUAAAUGAAUGCAGAGAAGAAAGAUCUAUAAUGUUUAGGGAUAGAGAGCAAACCCAUUCUUCUUUACCUGAAAUUGUUGUUGGUAGAGACGAUGACAAGAAUACAAUUAUAGAAAAUCUUUUACUGAGUACUGAUAAGAAAGAAAAUUUAACAGUAAUUUCAAUAGUUGGUAUUGGAGGAUUGGGAAAGACAACCCUAGCUCAAUUUUUGUACAGUGAUGAAAGAGUUAAAACCCAUUUUGAAUUAAGAGGAUGGGUUUGUGUGUCUAAUGAUUUUAAUGUGAAACUCAUAACUGAAAAAAUUUUAGAAUCCAUGACUAGUGGGAGAUGUGAUAACCUUGGAAUGGAUGCAACGAAAAACAAUUUUCAUGAAAAGAUUAAUGGGAAAAGAUAUAUAAUUGUAUUGGAUGAUGUGUGGAAUGAGGAUGUGGAAAAAUGGUUUCGGUUAAGGGAUGUAUUAGCAGGGGGUGCAAAAGAAAGUAAAAUAAUAAUAACCACUCGUUCUAAAAAGGUUGCUAAAAUAACACGUUCAACUUUAGUACACGAGUUGAAAGGCCUUUCUGAGGCUGAUUCUUGGUCAUUGUUUGAAAAGAUAGCAUUUGACCAAAGGCAAGUGCCAAGCUCAAGCCAAGAGGCAAUUGGAAAGGAGAUUGUAGCAAAGUGUGUAGGGGUUCCUUUAGCUAUAAGGACAAUAGGGGGUUUAUUAUACUGUAAAAACACAGUGUCAGAAUGGCUAUUCUUUAGAAAUAAUGAACUUCCAAAAGUGCAAGAAGAUAAUAUCUUGUCAACUCUUAAAUUGAGUUAUGAUAACCUUCCAUCUUAUCUAAAACAUUGCUUUGCUUAUUGCUCAAUCUUCCCGAAAGAUUAUGAAAUUUCUGUGCAAAAAUUGAUAUAUCUUUGGAUGGCCCAAGGAUAUAUUGAGUUAUCAGACCCAAGCCAAAGUUUGGAAGAGACUGGUCUAAUAUAUUUUAGGGAUCUUCUCUUCAUGUCUUUUUUCCAAGAAGUUACAAAGGAUAAAUGGGGUAAUAUGAAAACUUGUAAAAUGCAUGAUUUAAUUCAUGAUCUAGCUAAAUUAGUUGCUGGAGAAGAGAGCUUCACUUUAUCAGUAUCAAAUGUUGCAUCUGUUGGAAAAACAACUCGACAUGUUUUUCAAUAUGCUUAUAACUAUGAGUAUGAAAAGCAACUUCCAAGUAACUUUUUCAAUGCAAAGAAGGUGCGAACGCUCCUCCUUCAUAAUCAUCAUAAGCUAUGGUGUGAUGACACUGUUGAUUAUGAUCCAGGAAAUUACCUUUUACUUGUUUCUAAAUCUAAAUAUUUACGAGCAUUAGAUCUAGGUGAACAAUCCAAAGUGCCAGAUUCCAUUUUUGGGUUGAAGCAUUUGAGGUAUCUUGAUCUUUCCUACAAUAACCGUCUUAGGAAGCUUCCAAGUUCAAUUAGUAGAUUACAGAACUUGCAAGUGCUGAUACUUGACCAUUGCAGCAGCCUCGAAGGACUACCAAAGGACAUAGGAAAGUUGGUGGAUCUAAGGAAACUUAGUUUUUAUAAUUGUUAUCCAAUUCGUGAUAUGCCACUUGGGAUUGAAAAAUUGACUCGCCUUGAGAGAUUAACGGCAUUUUUGUUGGGCAGAGAUGGUUCUGCUUCCAAGCCUAUCAGUGGACUGGAUGCAUUACGCAACAUGAACAAUUUGAGAGGAGAGCUAACAAUAAAAUAUUUGAGAUAUGUGUUGAAAAAUGAUGCACUGGAUGAAUUUUGUGCUGCCAAUUUGAAAGAAAAGCGAUAUCUCCAAUCCUUGAGCCUAGAAUGGAUCCCACUUCAUUGUUUCUAUAAUGAUGACGAGAAUGAUAAAGAUAAAAUUGAUGCAAAAGAUUUGAACAAUGAAGAAAUGGCAUUGGAAGAGCUAAGGCCACACCAAAAUCUCAAAGGCCUACACUUGUCUGGUUACAGAGGAGUCAAGUAUCCAAGCUGGCUUCCUUUCCUCACUAAUUUGUUGGAGCUUCAUAUAUCAUGCUGCAGAAAUAUUCAAUUUCUCCCGACAUUUGAUCACUUCCCUUUUCUUGAAAAUUUAAGAAUUUCUAAAUUAAGUAAUCUAGAAUACAUUGAUUGUGAAGUGGAUACCAACAAUGGAGGGUUUCCUUCUUUGAAGGAGCUUUGGCUAUCAGAUUGCUCUAUUUUAAAAGGAUGGAAGAGAUUAUCAUCGAUAGCAAUGUUACCCAAGGUUUUUAACUGUCUUUCUAAGUUGUCCAUCUUUUCUUGCCCUAACCUAACUUCAAUGCCACUUUUUCCAUCUCUACAAACACUUGAAUUAGUAGACGCCACCAUCGAGCAAUUGGAGCAAACAUUGAAGAUGAUGAAUUCAGCUGGAGACUAUAGCUCUGCAUCUCCUUCUUCCUCUUCUUCUUCUCCUUUUUCCGCUACUCAUUCUCAGUUGGAAGUUGGAACAGCUAUUUCUAAAGAAUAUCAAGGAUCUAGAACUUAUGCCAGCAGAGUUGCUACACAGCCUAACUUCUCUAGAAGUUCUGAGCAUUAGUGACUGCCCAAGAAUAGUGCCCGUGUCUACUGAUGCGAGGGACAUUGGUGGGGAAUGGCAAGCCCUUAAAAGCCUUCGUUCUCUUGAGUUGAACAGCAUUCCAGAAUUGGUGUGUCUCCCAGAAGGGCUUCAGCACAUUACCACUCUGCAAAGCCUUGCAAUUGGUAGGUGUAAUAAUUUGUUGUCUUUACCAGAAUGGAUAGCCAAUCUCACCAAAUUACAAUCUUUAAGAGUUUUUGCUUGUCAUUCGCUUUCAGAAAAAUGCAGGCAGAACACUGGUGAGUAUCUUCCUAAAUUUGCUCACAUCCCAAACUUGGACUUCCGUCCCUAUGAUCACCGUCCCCAUCCCCGAUAAGCAAAAACUUGAGUUGAAAAAUUAAUAAAAUUGAUUAUAUAAAUGGAAUUAUUUUAGUUUUUUAUUUGAUUCAAUUUAGUUUUAUUUUCCUCAUAAUUAGGUACUAUCAAGUUUCUAAUAAAGUUCAUCAGUUUUGAAAUAUUGUUAUUAAAUUAAUCUGAAGUUUAUUUGUCUUCAUCACUUUGCUUAACUAGAAAUGCAGUAAAGAAUUAUUUAUCUUCAGCCUGCUAGUAAGAGUCAUUCUUGCGUACCUUCAGUUCAUGCUGGAUGAAAACAUCAAGGAAUGGUUUCCAUGUAAUAUUACAUAGUGUUUGGUUCAAUUCUAUGAUUAGAGUUAUGUGGAAUUCAAUUGAAUUCCAGAUAGAAUUCUGUGAGAAUCUGAUAAACCCUCCGAUGAAUAAGGUAAGUGAAAGAAAAAAAUAGAUCUAGAAGAGAGAGAAGAAGAGAAUUAUAAUGGGUGAGAAGAGAAUUGAGAGAAUAGGGAGAGAAUUCUGUUAUUGAUUAUUCUUCUAUGCCUUCACACAAUAGCUGCGUCUUAUUUAUACCCAAUUCUCAACAAAAUUCUGUUGUAACCAAUUAUCCCUCCAAAACAACACUCACACCCAUCCGGCUCACACUCACAGCUGUACUAAGCUCCUCCCCUUCUCCUCUUUCUAAAAUAUGUAACAAAUUCAUUUCAAAUUCUAUCAAAAUUUGAAUGAAUUGGUUUUAGUUAUAACCAAUUCCAUGGAAUUCAAUUCCUAGAAUGGAUUUUUAAUUUUUCUUCAAACCAAACACACAAAACAUGGAAUUCAAUUGAAUUUCACAAAAUUUUAGAAAUUGAAAUUGAACCUAACAUGGUGUUAGUGUUCUUGUGUGCAAUAGAUAUAAUACUUGAAAUGACUCUUGGUCUGUAGGGCCAAGCCUUGGAAUGGUAAGAUAUCUAUCAGUAUUGUUGGCUUUCCUGGCCGGAGUUUCUCAGAAACAUGCGUUGCCUUCAUAAUUGUUCUGCAGCUGAAAGAGAGUUUUUACAAAGGUGAAUUCUGAUACUCUUGAGCCAUCAUGAUUUACAUGUUCAUCCUUUUUCCAUCUCAUAAAUUAUUGUAUGAUAAGUCUUCCAAGUGAAUCUGCUGUUCUAUAUGGACUUUCAUGUACUGUGUUGCUGCUGCUGUCAAGUGAAUCUCCAAAUUAACAUCUUUUAUUGCCAAUAAUCACUAAAUGCUAAUAGUGAUUAGACGAAUCAUGACCCAUCAUUGAUACUGAAAUUGCCUACCGUGUUGUGACUUGUGAGCUCUCGCGUUUGAGUUCAGUCAGAGCCAAUUAUGGCCCCAUAAGAAAAAGGUAUCCUUGCUGCUCUUGUUUUAGAUACACAUGCAUAACAGCAAGUAAAUGGAGUUAGUGAUGACUGUAUAUUUAGCAAAGAGCUAAGCAGAUGGCUUAAUCUUUUUCAGGCAUGGAUGAACAGUUGUUUCAUUUGGUAGAGCAACUACACGAAUCAGAUCAAACAUCUAAAGGAAAAAAGG